AUGUGCGGCAUCUUUUGUCUGUUGAGUCUGUCCCCCACUCAGUUUGAGUGGGAUAAGACAGUUUAUGAACAUUUAAAGAGAAGAGGGCCCAACUUGAGCCAGGAUCUCACAGUUAGAAGCACAAUCCCCUGCUAUCAGUGCGUAUUCUCUGCCCACGUUCUUCACCUGAGAGGCCUUCUCACCCCCCAGCCGGUGGAAGACAGCAGAGGAAAUGCCCUGGUGUGGAACGGGGAGAUUUUUGGAGGUGUCCCAGUGAUGCUGGAGGAGAAUGACACUGCUGUUGUCUCUCAGAGGCUGUCAUCCUGCAGCAGCCCUGCAGAGAUUCUGUCUGUUCUCUCCACUAUACGUGGACCGUGGGGCUUUGUAUACUACCAGAAGGCUGGGGACUACCUCUGGUUUGGUCGAGACUUCCUUGGUAGGCGGAGUUUGCUGUGGAAGUUUGAUGCAGAGGUCAAAGCCUUGACCCUGACUUCUGUGGCAGUCCACAGUGCUGGACCUGUUGCAUCUGCAUGGCAAGAGGUCCCAGCAGCUGGUGUGUACCGGAUUGACCUGAAGGCAGUCUCAGAGGCUGGCUGUGUAACAUUUGAGGUUUAUCCCUGGGCUUAUGGAGAAAAUGAUCCUUUCUAUAGCUGUCCUCAAACUAUAUCAGAGUCUGUCCCCAGCGGCUGCACUGCUGUUAUUAAUAGGUCAGGCCUUGCACUGACCUCCCCUGUGUGCCCUCUCAACACAUCCCUUCCUGAAUCUUUAAACGAGGAAGAAACUCAUCCAAACGCUCAGCCCAGUGAUCAAGAUCUGGAGCAGCUGCCUGCAGGCACAGAGAGAGGCGAGGCGGUGAACCGUCUUAUUGAUGUUCUCAGUGAGGCAGUAAGGCGUCGCGUUCAGGCUCUACCAUUUAGGGUACAGGACGAUUCCCCUCCAUCUAAUGACAAUGCCAGUAUUGCCAUACUGUUCUCAGGAGGCAUAGAUUCAAUGAUCCUGGCCGCCUUAGCUGACCGGCACAUUCCUGCACAUCAACCGAUAGACCUUCUCAAUGUAGCGUUCAAACUACAGGUGCCAAAGAAGCAGAAAGAGUCUGCAAAGAAACCUGUGAAGCACAAAGACAAGCCCACAGAGUGUAACACUGAUGGCGCUGAGUCUCAGACCUCCAGCCCCUUUGAUGUUCCAGAUAGAAUAACAGGGAUAGCCGGUCUCAAGGAGUUGCAGCACCUAUACCCUGAAAGGAGCUGGAGAUUUGUUGAGAUCAACGUCACAACAGAGGAGCUGCAAAAAAUCCGUCAGGAGCGCAUUUGUCAUCUGGUGCACCCCUUGGACACGGUGCUGGAUGACAGCAUCGGCUGUGCUGUGUGGUUCGCUACCCGAGGGGCGGGCUUCAUCACGGAGGACAGUGGCCAGGAGCCUUUCACAUCCUCCGCAAAGGUCAUUUUGACAGGCAUGGGAGCAGACGAGCAGCUGGCCGGUUACUCCCGACACAGAGUCAGGUUUAAGACGUCUGGACACCUGGGACUGAUCCAGGAGCUGGCCAUGGAGCUGGCCAGGAUCCCUUCCAGGAAUUUGGGCAGAGACGACAGAGUGAUAGGGGACCAUGGGAAGGAGGCCAGAUUUCCCUACUUGGAUGAAGACGUGGUGAGCUACCUGAACUCUCUGCCUGUGUGGGAGAAGGCGGAUCUGUCCCUCCCGCGAGGCAUCGGGGAGAAACUGCUGCUGAGACUGGCGGCCAGGCAGCUGGGCCUAGGCCAAUCAGCUGUCCUGCCCAAGAGAGCCAUGCAGUUUGGAUCCCGCAUCGCAAAAAUGGAGGACCACCGGGAGAAGGCCUCCGACAAGUGCACAAGACUCCUUACUGGGUAGAAAAACUUGAGGGUUGUUAUAAAGAUCAUUUAAAAAAUCAUAUUUUAAUAGAAAAUAUUAUUUUGGAAGUGACAUACAUUUGAUAUUGGAAGACUUAUUUACAGUAACAAUUCCUGUGAAUUUAGUGUGACAGACAAAUGAUUGAAUAUUGAUUGAUUUUGUGCUGGUCUUGGACCAUUUUUGAAAAAUAAAUGUGGUGCUUAGUUCAUCUCUG